UAUAUAUAUAUAAUUAAAUAAAAAUAUUGAUCCUAUUUGGACUAGCAUAUCUGACGUUGAUUUUUUUUUUUUAGUUUUAUAAUCACGUGACUAGUAAGGAAAUCUCGUGGGUAACUUCCUUUUUGUUCCACGCCGAUCAACAUGCCUGCCAAAGCAGUGAAACGCCCUGGCAAAAUUCAAGCUGGAAAGGGUGGUAAAAAAAAGAAGACCACCCUGAGAUAUACUGUUGACUGCACCCAUCCUGUUGAAGAUGGUAUAAUGGAUGCUACUAAUUUUGAAAAAUACUUACGAGAACGCAUCAAAGUAGAAGGAAAAACUAACAACUUUGGUAACAAUGUGUCUCUAGACCUUCAGAAAAGUAAAAUUUCUCUUACAAGUGAAAUUCCAUUCUCAAAAAGGUACUUGAAGUAUCUGACCAAGAAAUACCUGAAGAAAAACAAUUUGAGAGACUGGCUGCGUGUUGUUGCCACAAACAAGGAGUCCUUUGAAUUGAGAUACUUCCAGAUCAACCAAGAUGAUGAAGAAGAGGAGGAAGAUUAAUUUAUGUCUUUGUGUUGUCUGGUUUAGAGAAGUAAAGGAAGUCUUGUAAA